AUGAACAUCAGGCUCAGUGUUAUAGUGGGAGGUGAAGAUAUCGUGAAGCAGGCAUUAGAACUACAGAAAAGACCACAUUUUGUCGUUGCAACACCAGGCCGGUUGGCAGACCAUAUUUUGAACAGUGGAGAAGAAACCAUUAAGGGCCUUCGAAGCGUUAAGUACUUGGUUCUAGAUGAAGCCGACCGUGUGCUCAGCAAUUCCUUCAGCAAAGAUUUGCAGAGAUGCUUGAGUGUUUUACCUGAUGCUUCCAAAAGACAAACACUUUUGUUCACUGCCACGGUCACUGACGCUGUAAGGUCGUUGAAGAACAAGCCUACACCAGAGGGGAAAUUACCGGUGUUUAUGCAUGAAGUGGAAACUGUGGAUAAAGUUGCCAUCCCAUCUACUUUACUGCUCUACUAUGUGUUUGUACCAUCGUAUGUGAAGGAAGCUUAUUUGCAUACUAUUCUUUCGCUUGAGAAGUAUGCCACCGUGAAUGUCAUUAUCUUCGUCAACAGAACGAGGACAGCAGAGCUUUUACGAAGAACAUUAAGAAAAUUGGAUUUCAGAGUAGCAUCUUUGCAUUCUGAGAUGCCUCAGCUGGAAAGAACUAGUUCUUUGCACCGUUUCAAAGCGCAAGCCGCACGUAUCUUGAUUGCAACCGAUGUUGCAUCGAGAGGUUUAGAUAUUCCAACCGUCGAACUUGUCAUUAACUACGAUCUUCCAGCUGAUCCCGAUGAUUUCAUCCAUAGAGUCGGUAGAACUGCUAGAGCUGGAAGAAAGGGUGACUCUGUCAGCAUUGUUGCAGAGAGAGACGUCGAAAGAGUUCAUGCCAUUGAGGAAAGAGCAAACAAAAAGAUGGAGUUGCUAGAAGAGGUUGAUGAUGAUAAAGUCGUGGGUACCUCUCUAACUAAGAUGACCACUGCUAAGAGAGAGGCUAUGAUGGACAUGGAUAAGGAGAAUUUUGGCGAAAAGAGGCAGAUCAACAAGAGAAAGCGCGAGCAAGCUGAGAAGAGCAAAACAAAGAAGAAGAAUAAGACUUAA